AUGGCAGGCGAGGCGAUGCAGACCUUUCACGUGGGUGCGCACGUGUGGGUGCCUGACCCCGAGGUCGCGUGGGAGGAGGGGUGCGUGGUAGAGGACCUGGGGGAAGGCAAACUGGCCGUGAAGAUCGAUAACCCCGCCAAGCCGGACCUCUGGGAGGUGCACGCGUCGCUGUGCUGCAUGCGCGAGCCAGAGGGCCCAUUGCUGGACGACAUGGUUCGUCUCACCUGCCUGCACGAGCCUGGUGUGCUCUCCAACCUCUGCCGCCGCUACCGCGCCAACCUCAUCUACACCUACACGGGGUCCAUCCUGAUAGCGCUGAACCCCUUUGUGCGCAUACCCGGGCUGUACGACGCGGCAAUGAUGCGCCAGUACCACGGCGUGCCCCUCGGCCUGCUCUCGCCCCACGUCUUCGCCACGGCAAAGAACGCCUUCCGGGCCAUGAGGGAGGGGGGUCGCAGCCAGGCGAUUCUGAUAAGUGGGGAGAGUGGAGCCGGCAAGACAGAGACCACGAAGCUCAUCAUAGAGUACCUCGCCCGCGCUGCUGCUCACAGCGACCCUGCCUCUCUGCCCUCCCCCACCACCGUCCUCCCCUCUGCCUCCUCCUCCCUCCCCGCCCUGCACAUCCACCCGCCUGGUUCGCCCUCUGCCCCUCCGAGCAUAGAGUCCCUUGUUCUUCAGGCGAAUCCACUUCUGGAGGCCUUUGGAAACGCCAAGACUCUCAGGAACGACAACUCAAGCCGCUUUGGCAAGUUCAUCGAGCUGCAGUUUGGGCGCAGGGGUGGGCUGACGGGGGCAGCGGUGCGCACAUACCUGCUGGAGAGGUCGCGUGUGGUACACAUAGCUGACUGCGAGCGCAACUACCACAUCUUCUACCAGAUGUGCCAGGGGCUCUCCAAUGAGGAAGCAGCAGCGCUACAGCUGCCUCCAGACCCCAACACGCGAGCACACCACUUCCACUACCUCAACCAGAGCUCCUGCUUCCACCUACCCGGCUGUGCCUCCGAUGCCGACGAGUUUGCUGCCACCAUGGCCGCCAUGCGUGCUGUUGGCAUCACCGCUCAGCAGCAGGACUCAAUUCUGAAAAUCCUGGCGGCCAUCCUCCAUAUAGGCAACUUCACGUUUGAGCAGAGGGACUCGGACCUGGUGUUGGAAGUGCCCCAUGCAGAGGCACACCUCAGUGCCACUGCCGACCUGCUCAGAGUGGACAAGGAGGCGAUGCGAGAGUGCAUCACAGUGGUGACCAGGCGGGUGGGCCCGGAGGUAAUUCGCAGCCCAGCGGACGACCGCACUGCCUGCUUGCGCCGCGACGCCCUCGCCAAGGCGCUCUACUCACGCGUCUUUGACUGGCUGGUGGAGCGAAUCAACGAGUCGAUCCAGCAGACAAGCGGGGUGGAGGAGGGCCGGUGCAUAGGCGUGCUGGACAUCUACGGCUUCGAGCACUUUGAGAUCAACAGCUUUGAGCAGCUGUGCAUCAACCUGGCCAAUGAGAAGCUGCAGCAACACUUCAACCAGCAUGUGUUGAGGGAGGAGCAGCAGGUGUACGAGCGCGAGGGCAUCAAGUGGGACUUCAUUGACUUUGACGACAACAGCGACGUGCUCGACGCCAUAGAAGGGGACAAGGGCAUCAUCUCCAUGCUUGACUCUGCCUGGUACGCCAUGCCCACGCCACCACACUCCCUCUCUCCCACCACUCCCCCACCAUGCAUGCUCUAUCCCAACGGCUCUCUGGGUUUCGGUGUCUUCAAGCUGGCGCACAUGACGCCGGCCAGCCUGGCUCAGACGCUGCGGCAGUCGCUGGAGGGCAGCAAGCGCUUCACCAUGCCGCGUGGCUCUGCUGCCACCGACUUCACCCUCUCGCACUACGCAGGCAAGGCAAGGCAAGGCAUGGCAUGUUCACAGCUGCGUCCCCUCCUUUCUCCCCCUCCUCCCUCCAUCAUUCCACAGGUGCGCUACUCGCUGCUUGAGUUCAUGGCCAAGAACACAGACGUGACCAUCCCAGAGCAGCAGCAACUGCUGGAGCAAUCCUCAGAUGACCUUCUCGCCGCCCUCUUCUCCCCACCUCCCACCACCCCCUCCUCCCCCUUUCCACCCACCCCGGGUAGCCCCCUCCCCACCACCCCUGGCAAACCCCCUUUCCCUGGCGCAUACUCCUACAUAAACGCCGCCGCUGCUGCCACGGAUGCUGCUGGUGACGCUGCUAACGCCCCUCCCAGCCCAGCGACUUCCCUUUCAAGCCCCUUUGGCCAGCGCCUAAACAGCUUCAGAAGCCCCUCUGCCAGUGCGGAUGCGGGCGGCCCGGGCGGCGGGCCGGGCGGCGUGGGGCGGCGGUUGCUUGGAGGGCCUCAGAGCCCCCUGGGGGAUGGACAGAGCCCGAGAGGAGGAGGCGGGGGAGGGGGGGUGAGGGGAAGUGCGGGAGGGAGAGGAGGAGGGUCGCGCAUGACGUCUCUGGGCAGGCAAUUCAAGCUCCAGCUAGCGCAGCUGAUGAAGACACUGUCCGCCAUGCAACCGCACUACGUGCGCUGCAUCAAGCCAAACGCCGUUAGCCACCCGGCUGUCUUCGACUGGCUCUCCGUGGCUAAUCAGCUGCGCUCCGGGGGGGUGGUGGAGGCCAUUAGAGUGUGCUCCGCCGGCUUCCCAUCGCGCCGCCCCUUUGGUGACUUCAUUGAACGCUUUGCUCUGCUGCUGCCCUCCGACUCCCCUGCUGCUCUCAAGCUCGCAACGGCAUCGGAGCCUGACAUUGUGAAGCUCAUUCUCACUAAUGCCAAUCUGACAGGCUGGCAGGUGAGUGUGACAGGCUGGCAGGUUGGGGUGCACCAUGGUGUUCCUGCGGCGGGGCGCACCAUGGUGUUUCUGCGCGCGGGGCAGCUGCAGGCGCUGGAGGCGUGUCGGUCGCAGCGGGUGGAUGCAGCAGCAGCGGCCAUUCAGAGGGCUGUUCGGCGCUACCUGCUAUGUCAGGUGGAGGUUGGUGCCAGCGCAGAGGGAGGAGAGGGUGGCGGGGCGCAUUCAAUGUUGCUGGCGCUAACCCCUCCCUCAAUGCGCGUUCUUCUUACCCCCUCAACCCCCACCCACUCCCCUCCCCCAGGCUACCUCACCCGGCGGUUGGUGCGAGUGCAGAGGGAGCGGAGGGCAGCGGUGCGCAUGCAGAGCUGGUGGCGCGGACGGGUGGUGCGCUGUGGCUUCCUGGAGCUGCUGCCUGCCUCCCUCCUCAUGCCCUACACCUUUGUCUCCCCCUCCUCUCCCACAGGCUACCUCACCCGGAGGAUAAUGAGGGUGCACGGAGAGAGGAGGGCAGCGGUGCGCAUACAGAGCUGGUGGCGAGGGCUGGUGGUGCGCUGUGGAUUCCUGGAGCUGCGCCGUGUGGCCAUCCUGCUGCAGCGCCGGCGCCGGGGGCAGAUGGCAAGAUACGCUGAGGAGUGGCAGGAGCAGCACUGGGCUGCUAUUACCAUUCAGGUGGGUCGGUUCACUGGCCUGUCAGUGCAUGCGAGUCUGUGGCUUCCUGGAGCUGCGCCGUGUGGCCAUCCUGCUACAGUGCCGGCGCAGAGGGCAGAUGGCUCAAUAUGCGGAAGAAUGGCGGCUGCAGCACUGGGCAGCUAUCACCAUUCAGGUUGGUCGGUUCACUGCAAUGUAUUCAAGUCUAUUGAGUCGACUCAUAAGGCGCAUCUGUUGCAGCGGCGUCCCAGGUGGACAAUGGCUCGAUACGCGGAGGUGGCUUCAGUUCAGCAGUGGGCUGCUCUCACCAUUCAGGCCCACUGGAGGGGGUACAGCAGUCGCCGCCCCUGGCAGAUGCUGCAGCAGCACCUGAGGAUGAAGGUCGCCAGGAUGAGGCUUAACCGCCUCAAACAGGCAGCGCAGCAGCAGGCGGAGUUGGCUCCGCCGCGCAAGAAGAUGGAUAUGGCUGUUGAUGCCAUCCGCCUGGCCGUGCUGCGAGACAUGCGGGACAAGGCAGAGCGGGCAAGGGCAGCAGCGGAGGAGUUAGUAUCAACCCUUCAGAAAGAGCUAGAGGCUCGGUCCCGCCACGCCCACGCCCUCGACCGGGACCUCCGAGCCACCCGCUGCGACCUGGAGAUCCGAACCUCCGAAGCCGAGGCUCGGAUUGCCGAGCUUGAGGCGGAGGCUCGGGAGGCAGACCGGCAGCGGCGGGAGUGGGAGGCUCGGGCGAGCGAGCAGGAGAUGGUUGAGAAGGAAGUGAGGGAGCGGAGGAGAGAGGUGGAGCAGUGGAGGAGGGAAGCCGAGGGAAAGGAUGCAGAGAUUAGGAGACUGAAGGAGGAGUUGGAGGUAGUGAGGGGGAGGUUGAGAGAGGCUGAAGGGCAGGUGGUGGGGUUGAAACAGGAGGUCAUGGUGGUUGAAGGGCGAGUGGAGUUGAUUAGGGAUGAGGUCGAAGGGGCUGAGAGGAGGGCGGAAGAGGAGCGAGCGCGGGCAGAGGCAGCAGAGGGGAGGGCGGAGGCAGCAGAGAGGAGGGCAGAAGAGCUGAUGAGGCAAGUGCAGCAGAUGAAGGCUGAGCUAGAUGAAUCCGUCGCUGCUCUUGCUGCUGCCGCUGCCUCUGCCGCUGCUGCUGGUGGUGGUGCUGGUCACGGCUCUGCUGGUGGUUCUGCUGCUGUUGGCAGCCCUGCUGGACCUGGGUUGAUCCCAGGGCAGAUGAUGAUCGAGUGGCACGGUGGGGACCCCAGCAGGGCAGAGCCGACGGGGCGGGAUCGGGAGAGGGAGAGGGAGAGGGAGAGGGGGGUGGUGUCAGGCCUGACAGCACCCUCAGUGGUGUCAGGCGUGGAGGAGACGUCUUCCUCAGUGGUGCUCAUGCGAGGCGAGGAGGGCGACACUCUCACCGACAUGAUCAGCGAGCGAACCCCCGACGGUGCAACCCCCGACGAUGAUGACGGAUACACCUACACCUACCUCGUCUCCCCUCCUCCCCCACCUCCGCCUCCGCCCCUUCCACCGCAUACCACUGCAGCAGCAGACAACCCUACCCCUGGAGGCCUCUCCCCGUCGCUCCCGGAUUUCCCCACACCGCCUCCCGCCUACCGCAGCCCGGCAGUGGGGAUGAUCGUGCCGCCGCGCUGCCACUCCGACCGCCUGCGCUCCUCCCCCUCCACCUCCAGCGUGGGCUCUCUGGACGAGGACUGGAGCCUUAGGGAGGGCAUGCUGGGAGGCGCCAGGUCGUCAGUGGCAAUGCGCCUGGCAGCGGGGGGGAUGGGGGGACAGCCAGGGGGGUUUCGGGGCGGGCCUGGGGGAGGUGUGACCUGGGGCGGGUUUUACGGCCGGGCGGGGAGCGCUGGAACCCCUUCAGUGGUGAGCUUCGGGGGAGGGAGCGGGGGAGGUGGGGGAGGAUCCGGAGCAGGAGGCAGUGGUUCGGCACCGAGCCUGCACCAGAUGAUAGCCUUGGCAGAGAAGGAUCGGGACAUGGCGGCGCGGCUGGGAGCAGAGGCGGACUGGCUGAGAGGGGCGUACAAGGAGACAAGGCAGGAGGCGAGUGUGGCGCGGGCGAGGGCAAGGCAGGCAGAGGCGCGGAUGGAGGAGGUAGGUGGGUUGGUAACGGGCAGAUGGACUGGUGGGUUCACUAGCUGCAAUGGCAGCAGCUGGGCAGGUGGGCUGCUCAGCGGCAGCUUGACAGGUGCGCUGGCGGAGGAGCUGCAACAGCAGGUGCACUCUCUGCAACGCCACCUCAACAGCCUGCAGACGGGCAAGAGGGAGCACAUGGAAGGGGCAGGGGUAGCAGGAGUGAGAGGGGUGCAGGAGAAGGGGCGAGGCAGGGAGAGGGAGAGGAGUGGGCGGCCGGGCAUUCUCACUCGCCGCCUGCUGCAGCAGCAGCAGCAGUAUGGGGGUGGGGGUGGGGGUGUUGGCAAUGGCAUGGUGCCCUCAUCUCCUGUGUCGCCCACGUCAGGAGCCUUCGCUGCCUCUGCUCCCUCCUACUCCUCGCAGGUGCAGUACCUGCUGCGGUAUGUGGUGCGCCCACUGGGCUUCACGCCCUCAGGCCACUCAGUGCCCGCCUGCUUCCUCUUCACCAUCCUCCGCUUCUGGCCGCACCUCUCCUUCCAUACCAACCUUCUCUCUACUACCAUCACUGCCACCACGCCCAACUCAGCAACAGUAGCAGCAGCGGCGGGUGUUGGCGCUACAACCAUCCCUCCCUUCCUCUCCCCCUCCACCCCCUUCUCCCCCUACUCCCCCUACUCCUCCGCCUCCUCCCUCCCCUUCUCCUCCCUCUCCCCGUUCUCCUCCCUCUCCCUCUCCGCAUCCCCCAUCCCGCCACACGACGAGGUGCUAUCAGCCAUCCGCAUGGCCCUGCAGCGCUCAGCAGGGAGCCUAGAGCGCCUGGCGUAUUGGAUCUCCACGCUCGUUGCCCUGCACGCCCUGCUGCUGGGGGGGCUUAAGCCCGCCCGCUGGCAAGCCAUGGCUGCUGCAGCAGCAGCAGCGGCGGGGGGAGGGGGUGGGGAAGGAGCCGCAAUGCCCGCCUCUGCCUACGCUGUUCCGCGCGCUGGCACCACCAGCCUGGCAUGUGCUCCCACGGGGCAGGACGCUGAUUCUGCUGCACCUGCACCCACUGGCUUGUUCGCCCUACCAGCUGAAACCAUGCUGUUAGCGCACAAGGUGGAUGCGUGUGUGCAGCACGCGGUGGGGCUCUUCACGCACCACUGCACCUCGCAAGUCGCUGCCCUCCUGCAACCACCUCCACAGCAGCCGCAAUCACAUGGAAAUGACGGGACGGCGGCAGAAGCAGCAUCUGGAAGGCGUGGGAGCACAGGAGGCGCACUGCCCAAGUUCCCGAGCGUGGCUCUGAAGGAGCACGUGAGCAGCACGUGGAGCAGCGUGGUGGGUGUGCUGCGGAGGGCAGCGCUGGUGCUGCUGGAGAGCCAGGUGCCUCCGCCCGUCAUACAGAGCGUGCUGAAGCACCUCCUCGCCUUCAUCAAUGUCCGCGUCUUCAACAGGUAUAGUCGUGUUCAAGAGGUAGAGCUGUCUCCAACAGGUAGAGCGGGAGUGCUGCGGCGGGCAGCGCUGGUGCUGCUGGAGAGCCAGGUGCCUCCACCCGUCAUACAGAGCGUGCUGAAGCACCUCCUCGCAUUCAUCAACGUGCGCGUCUUCAACAGGUGUGUGGCGCUCAGCUAUGCGCUUAUGCUCAACAGUUGCCUCAUGGUGCGCAGCACGUGGUGCCCGUGCACGCACAGCAUCGGCAAGCUACUGUGUGACGCGCUCUCGCUGCUCAACGUCUUCCUGGAAGAGCUCCCUGAGGUGCUCUGGGAGCCAUUGCAUGCACACAGAGGAACGGGGAUGGAUGGAGGGGAGGGGGAGGAUGGGAGAAGUGGAGGGGAGGAGGGAGGAGAGGAGGGGGGUGAGGGGGAGGGGAGUGAGGAGGAGGAGGAGGAUGCGGGGCAGGCGAAUGUGUGGCGCCACUUGAGGCAUCUGCAGCAAGCCGCUAUGGAGCACAAGCCGUCGUGCUCGCUGCAGCACCUGCGCUCGCUGUGCCCGGAUCUAAACGCGAACCAGCUGGUGCACCUGUGCGUGUGGUACCAGGACGACUGCUACAGCACGCAGGGGCUGCCCGCUGCUGUGGUGGAUCAGCUGUGGGGGGAGGUGGACGAACGCACACCCAUGCUGCUUCAAGAAAGCCCCAGGUGGGUGGUGCAGUGCGGUGGAGUAAUUCUCCUUCUUCCACCACCCAUUUCACCACACAUGCCCCAACCUCACAUGCCCGCCCGCACCUCACAUGCCCCAACCUCACAUGCCCGCACCUCACAUGCCCCAACCUCACAUAUCCGCACCUCACAUGCCCCAACCUCACAUGCCCGCACCUCACAUGCUCCCAUCCCACCUGGCCCCAUCCCACGCACCCAUGCACAUACCCAUGCAGGUGUAGUCUCUGCUCUCUCACCAACAAGGGCAGAGUCCUCAUCUCAUCUCACUGCCUCCCCAGAGCUGCAGCUCGCUCGUGAGCAUAGCGGACAGCACGGAGUGGUUUCCUUCAUGCAAACCCACCCCGUCCUCACAUGCACACACCCUCAUGCCCACACCGCACGUGCUCAAACCCCCUGCCCACCGGUGCAGGUCUCCUGUGAGCAUAGCGGACAGCACCGAGUGGUUUCCCUCCAUCCACCACACUCCCAAAAUGUCCCCUCCCCACACUCCCUUCUUGCCGUGCUCUCAUGCAUACGCCCUUCUCUUACUGCCUCCCAUGCACGUCGCCUGUCGCCUGUGAGCAUAGCAGACAGCACGGAGUGGUUCCCCUUCAUCCACCACGACGCUGCCAACCCUCAGUUCCCCGCCUUCCUGCGCUCGCUGCUGCUCAAGCGCUCUGCCUCCUCCGCCACGCGCUCCUCCUUGCACACCCCCGCCAGCAGCACCGACAGCCACCUGCUGCCCCACAGCACCCCGCUCCUCGGCCCACAGUUGCAUGGCUUACAGUCACAUGGGGUGCAGUCACAUGGGGUGCAGUCACAUGGGGUGCAGUCACAUGGGGUGCAGUCACAUGGGGUGCAGUCACAUGGGGUGCAGUCACAUGGGGUGCAGUCACAUGGCAUUCAGUCACAUGGCAUUCAGUCACAUUUAGUCAAGUACCACUGCAGUGCAAUCCACUCAUGCUGCCUGCUGUCGCUGCCUCUGUCUCUUCCUGCUGCCUCUGCCUGGUGCCUCUGCUUGCUGCCUCUGCUUUCUGCAUCUGCUUGCUGUCUCUGCCUGUGCCUCUUCCUGCUGCCUCUUCCUGCUGCCUCUUCCUGCUGCCUCUUCCUGCUGCCCCGUCCUGCUGCCUCUGCCUGCUGCCUCUGUCUCUUCCUGCUGCCUCUGCUUGCUGCCUCUGCUUGCUGCCUCUGCUUGCUGUCUCAGCUUGCUGCUUCUGCCUGUCCCUUUUCCUGUUGUCUCCGUCUGCUGCCUCUGCUUGCUGUCUCUGUCUGCUGCUUUGCUUGCUGUCUCUGUCUGCUGCUUUGCUUGCUGUCUCUUCCUGCUGUCUCUGCUUGCUGCCGCCGCCUGUGCCUCUCCCUUCCCCCUCUGCUUGCUGUCUCUGCGUGCUGUCUCUGCGUGCUGCCUCUGCUUGGUGGCUCAGCUUGCUGCCUCUGCCUGUCCCUCUUCCUGUUGUCUCUGCCUGCUGCCUCUGCUUGCUGCCGCUGCUUGCCGUCUCUUCCUGCUGCCUCUGCUCGCUGCCUCUUCCUGCUGUCCCUGCUUGAUGUCUCUGCUUCCUGUCUCUGCCUGCUGCCUCUGCAUGCUGUCUCUGCCUGCUGCCUCUGCGUGCUGUCUCUGCCUGCUGCCUCUGCAGCAAGCAAUCCCUCUGUGUUGGGUGCUGCAGCAAUCUCUCCGUGUUGGAUGCAGCAGCAAGGGGAGAGCGUACGGUCGGAUUGCGCGGUCCACAGCGGGUUGGGCAGCAUGGCGCUGGAUGGCUUGAGCAACAACAGCAGGGUGGGUGAGGUGGGGGAGGUGGCCGUGU